CUAUCCCAAUUCCGCUCAAAACCAAGAAACAAAACACAAAAAGAGAAAAAAAAAAAAAAGAAAGAAAUGGCGGGAGGGAAGAAGAGUAAGGAUAGUGGUAGUGAGAUGAGGGUGGUGCGGGGGCUGGACUUGGAGCGGUACAUGGGGAGGUGGUACGAGAUCGCCGCCUUCCCGUCGUUCUUCCAGCCGAAGGACGGGCGGUGCACGCGGGCGACGUACGCGCUGGAGGCGGACGGGAAGACGGUGCGGGUGCUGAACGAGACGUGGAGCGGCGGGAAGCGCGACUACAUCGAGGGCACGGCGUACAAGGCCGACCCGGCCAGCGACGAGGCCAAGCUGAAGGUCAAGUUCUACCUGCCCCCCUUCCUCCCCAUCAUCCCCGUCGUCGGCGACUACUGGGUGCUCUACGUCGACGACGACUACCAGUACGCCCUCGUCGGCCAGCCCUCCCGCAAGUACCUCUGGAUACUAUGCAGGCAAACUCACAUGGAUGAUGAGGUAUACAACCAGCUUGUGGAGAGGGCUAAAGAGGAAGGCUAUGAUGUGAGCAAGCUGCGCAAGACCCCGCAGUCGGACCCGCCGCCGGAGAAUGCUCCUACUGACAAGGGAUUCUGGUGGAUCAAGUCCCUCUUUGGCAAAUAAAUGAGUAGAUACAAUGUUUGUUUAUAUCUUUAUCCCACAAAUAAAACAGAUGUAUGUAUAAGAUGAUGCUUGUUGCUAUUGAACAUCUCCUGUAGUUUUAUGAUGUGCAUAUUUGCUUAAAACUCUCUGUUUGUUGCUUAAUGCUUGCCUUUUGUUUUGGAUAUUGUCUUUUUUAUAUUUUAAUGAGGUUCAUGCAUGUAUAAAACAA